CGUCUGCUGUGACAGUCGAGCACAGUCGAGACAUACAGCGGCGUUCGAGACGGCGAUCACCAGGCUUCCGUGACACAAUGUCUUCGCAAACCCAGUCUCAGCUGGACGAAACAGCUGUAGAAAAUUUUCGGGAGUAUCUGCGGAUUCCAUCGGUCCAGCCCAACAUCAACUACGAUGACUGUAUUCAGUUCCUGCAAAAGCAAGCCAAGUCCUUGGACCUACCAAUCAAGGAGUACAUUGUUCAUGCUAAUAAACCAAUCGUGGUUAUCACAUGGAUAGGUACAGACCCAUCGAAACCAUCGAUCCUGCUGAAUAGUCACAUGGAUGUUGUGCCUGUUUUUCCAGAAAAAUGGACGCAUCCGCCAUUCAGUGCGCACAUGGACAAGAAGGGCAACAUCUACGCCCGCGGCAGUCAGGACAUGAAAUGCGUCGGAAUACAGUAUUUGGAAGCCAUACGUCGUCUGAAGCUAGACAAACAACGUUUCAAAAGGACGAUCCACAUUUCCUUCGUGCCGGACGAAGAAAUCGGUGGAGCCCUCGGGAUGAAGAAGUUUGUGGAAACCCAAGACUUUAAGGACCUGAACGUUGGCUUCGCGUUGGAUGAAGGAGUAGCCUGUCCGGAAGAGAUGUUCUAUAUGUUCUAUGGCGAGAGGUCUAUUUGGCACGUGGAGGUACAGUGCAAUGGCACACCUGGUCACGGGUCCCUUUUGUUAGAUAACACAGCUGGGGAGAAGGUUAGAACGAUCAUCGACCGCUUCAUGGAUCUGAGGGCUAAAGAGAAGGAAAAGCUGAAAGACGGGAAACUUAAGUUGGGUGACGUUACCACCAUUAACUUGACGCAGCUGAAGGGUGGAAUACAAACGAACGUGGUGCCACCAUCGUUGACUGCUAUUUUCGACAUCCGUCUGGAUCCUUCUAUCGAUCAUGAGGAAUUUGAAGCCAUGAUUAAAAAAUGGUGUAAGGAGGCUGGCGAAAAUGUCACAUACUCGUUCGAGCAGAAGAACUCGAAGGUUCCUAACACAAAGGUGGACGAUAGCAAUCCUUACUGGCUUGCUUUCAAGAAAGCCUGCGACGAUUUGGGAAUCACUUUGGAUUCGGGAAUAUUCCCGGGAGGUACUGACAGUCGUUAUGUACGAAAGGUCGGGAUUCCCGCCAUCGGUUUCUCGCCGAUGAACAAGACAACAAUUCUGCUUCACGAUAACGACGAGUAUCUAAACAAAGACAUAUUUCUGAGAGGCAUUCAAAUAUACAUGAAAAUAAUACCGGCGGUGGCGAACGUUUAAUCGAACGGGCCGGAGAGUCAACUCAGCGAACCAAAGCUUACCAGAACGAUAGAAAUAUUAAUAAUAACAGAUAAGGGAUGCAGGGUAAAAGUUCACCGAGGAAUCAAUGAAUUAGUACGUUGUCGAACGUCGCAGACUGACUAUUUCAGAUAGAGUUUAAGAAUGUUGUAUGACUUUCACAGUUUAUAAUCGUUACAUGCAUAGUUUUAUAAAAAGUCGUUGCAAAGAUACGGAAACACGUGCAAUAACAUGAGCAUGGAUAAGGAAUGAGAAAUAAGCAAGAUACAGAUGGGACCAGGGGACCUAAAUAAGGUAUCAGGAGCAUUUAUAAGUAUCUUUUUCUUUUUUCCCUUAAGCGAUACAUUGGAGAAGUCGUUAAAUUUUAUGCAAAGGGGGAAUUAGAUUAGAAUUGAUUAUUAGGAGUAGAAAUUCAAGUGCCAUGCUAAAUCGUGAGACUAUUGUAAAGUCUACGCACGUUUACAUUGAUAUGUAUUUUGUUUUCGUUUAUAAAUCUCGUCUAUUUUAUACAAACCGCUGUAGGAUCAUAUCUGCGGUAAUUAUACAUUUUUGUUCAACAAAAUAUAACAAACUUCUGAAAGGAA